AUGUCCAGCGAGUCUUUUCCAACAAGCUCCACCAGAACGCGCUUGAUUGGAGCAAGAACCAGCAGAUGGUGGUGCAGCUCGUCCAACGCGUCGGUGUCGGGGUCCACCUUCAGCUUGUUGGUGAGGAUCUCGAGGUUCUCAGAAACGAAGAACAGAAUGCACGAGAAGUACUCGACGAGUCUGUUUGAGGCAGUGAGGUCGUUUAAUUCUUCGGAAAUCGGAAGUGAGCCCAGCGAAGAGCAGAUAUGGUCGAUCUGUAGACCAAGUUCGGUCAGAAGUCUGAAUUUGGUAGCUGGAGCCUUAAGUAGCAUUAAUUUGUUUAAAGUGGCAGAGGUCUGCGCGUAA